GCGCUCGAAAGGGGCGGGGGAACGAGAGAGAGCGAGAGAGAGAGAGAAAGCGAGAGAGCGCACAGGCUGAUCUCUAUCUAUCACCCACAGACAUCUUUCGAUGUUGUAAUACACAGAGAAGAAGACGUGCUGAUCUUUGGCAGUGGCACAUCAAAGCAUCAUGCGCGCCGUUUUCUGAAGACGUUCAGCGAUAGGGCGCGAGGGAUGAUGGCAUAGUCCCGUGCGGAGCGCCGAUGCUGCACGAUGAGUGUAGCGCUGCAAGAUUUACGAAACAACAUGUCUAACUACAAGCGUGCAACGUUUGAAGAAGAGGAUGGGUCAGACAUCCCCACUGAUGGAGCCAUCUCUCCUGACAGUGUGGAGGUGGGCUUCCGCAAAGGUGGUGUUCAGCUGUUUGGUCCACUGGGCAGGAGGUCUCAGCUGGAGGUGGUGUUGGCUGGUCUACUACUUGCUUCGCUCUUAGCAUUGUUUGGUUGCGCUAUCACACUGGGCAUCCGUUAUAACAGAGAUCCAGCUCAUAGUAUCUGCCUAACAGAGGCCUGUGUGACAGUGGCCAGUAAGAUCGUGGAAGCUUUGGACCGCUCCACCGACCCAUGUCAGGAUUUUUACCAAUACGCCUGCGGGGGCUGGGUCCGCAAAAACCCCCUGCCAGAUGGCCGGUCCCGAUGGAGCACAUUUAACAGCAUCUGGGACCAGAACCAGGCUAUUCUCAAACACCUGCUGGAGAACGGCACAUUCAAUUCAAGUAGUGAGGCAGAGAGAAAAACGCAAUCGUACUACCUUUCCUGUCUGAAUGAACAGCGAAUAGAAGAGCUCGGAGCCCAACCGCUCAUCGACUUGAUUGCAAAGACUGGAGGCUGGAAUAUCACAGAAGCCUGGGAUAAAGAUAACUUUAUGGAUGUUUUAAAGACAGUUUCUGGACCGUACAGAGCUCAGCCCUUCUUCACUGUGGGUGUCAGCGUGGACCCAAAAAACUCCAACAGCAAUGUCAUUCAGGUUGACCAAUCAGGGCUUUUCCUGCCAUCUCGAGAUUAUUACCUCAAUAAAACGAACGAGAAGGUGAUGAAGGCCUAUCUGGACUAUAUGGUGGAGUUGGCUUUGUUACUGGGAGGAGACAAGAAUUCCACUCGGGGUCAAAUGCAGCAGAUUUUGGACUUUGAGACAGCGCUGGCCAACAUCACCGUGCCUCAGGAUGAGCGGCGAGAUGAGGAGAAGAUCUACCACAAGAUCACGAUAGCUGAGCUGCAGGGCUUGGCUCCGGCAGUUGAUUGGCUGGAUUAUAUGAACUCCGCCCUCUCACCGCUGGAGUUAAAUGAGACUGAGCCCGUGGUGGUCUACGCUAAGGAAUACCUGCAACAGGUUUCAGAUCUCAUCAACAAAACCGAGCGCAGUCUUUUGAAUAAUUACAUGAUCUGGAACCUGGUGCAGAAAGCAGCAUCCAGUCUUGACCAGCGCUUUGAGGAUGCUCAGGAUAAGCUACUAGAGAGCCUCUAUGGCACCAAGAAGUCUUGUACUCCACGCUGGCAGACAUGCAUUGGAAACACAGACGACACUCUUGGGUUUGCAUUGGGUGCUCUUUUCGUCAAAGCCACCUUUGACAAGCAAAGCAAAGAAAUUGCAGAGGAGAUGAUCAAUGAAAUCCGCACAGCUUUCAAAGACGCUUUGGAUGACUUGAACUGGAUGGAUGAACAGACCCGACAGGCUGCCAAGGACAAGGCGGAUGCCAUCUACGACAUGAUCGGAUUUCCAGACUUCAUUCUGGACCCCAAAGAGCUUGAUGACGUGUAUGAUGGGUAUGAGGUCAUGGAGGACAACUUCUUCCAGAACAUGAUCAACUUCUACAACUUCUCAGCGCGAGUGAUGGCCGACCAGCUCCGCAAGCAACCAAACAAAGACCAAUGGAGUAUGACCCCGCCCACAGUGAACGCAUACUACAUGCCAACCAAGAACGGCAUUGUGUUUCCCGCAGGAAUCUUACAGGCUCCAUUCUACGCCCAAGAUCACCCCAAAGCUCUGAACUUCGGUGGCAUCGGUGUGGUCAUGGGUCACGAGUUAACACACGCAUUUGAUGAUCAAGGUAGAGAAUACGACAAAGAUGGAAACCUUCGACCAUGGUGGCAAAACUCAUCAGUCGACGCGUUUAAGAACCGCACUGAAUGUAUGGUGGAUCAGUACAAUCAGUACACCAUCAAUGGAGAGCAUAUUAAUGGAAAACAGACACUGGGAGAAAACAUAGCUGACAAUGGGGGCUUGAAAGCUGCUUACCAUGCGUAUAGAUCAUGGGUGCGAAAGAACGGAGAAGAGAAGAGACUGCCAGCUGUCAAUCUGACCAACGACCAACUCUUCUUUGUGGGUUUUGCACAGGUGUGGUGCUCAGUUCGAACUCCAGAAAGUGCUCACGAGGGUCUGAUGACGGACCCCCACAGUCCGCCCAAAUACCGCGUGAUCGGCACUCUGUCCAACUCUCCCGACUUCGCAGAGCACUUCCAGUGCCCGCUGGGGUCUUCCAUGAACUCAGGGCAUCGCUGUGAGGUGUGGUAAACCCGUUACCCCGAAGACACCAGGUGCCACCAGCUUGCUUGCACAGACCAGCCUGGCCAAAAAAUCUGAACGGACAGUUUUGGCUCUUUCUCAAGCACAGUUUUUUAUUUAUGAGCUCAAAGUCAUACGAGGAGAAAGCGAGCAUCUGCCAAUUUUUAGCUUCUUCAGUGUUGUGGGCCGACUGAUAUCUGUUUUUCCUCUACCGCCACACCACGUUUUAUUUAUUCCUUUCCUGAAGUUGGGGGACAACUAAGGGGACAAUCCGUGCGUCCAGUGCAUAUGUGUGUUUCCGUGCUUCAUUCCCUGUUUACAACAAGCUUGAUUUCUCGCCGUCUGGGAUGGAGAACAUGACCAUUGUGAUGCUGCUGGGAGUCCCUCAUUGUGACCACACAGGAAAUGCGUCGGCUCUACCUGUGAUGAUGACAUCACAGGAAGUUCCAUAAUCUCGUAAUGACCUCACAGGAAGUGCUGAACGACAACUGUGACCCCGACAGGAAGUUCUUUCAAAGAUGAAAGUGUGUUUUUCCGAUUGUUUUUAUGAAUGACAGGGAUAGCCACUGUUUGUUCAUCCCACCUGUGUAUGUGGUGUCAUGUUUAGAUCCAGACCAAGUUGAAAUGAAGUGUUCAUUUUAAACUGCUUGUUGCCAAAGAACAAUUUCGGUUUUGUUCCUUGCGUAGGUGAAAGUGGAAAUCCGCACUGCUUUGCCUUCAUCAGAAUUCUUUUUUCUGUCUAAUUACUGGGUUUGUCUUAAAUCGUGUGAUUGUGAGAGCGUGUGAUGUUUUUCUGUGUAAAUGUGUCGGUAAAGUAAGACGUCUGUUGUCUGCCUUGUGCAGAACUUUGUCAAGUCUACUGAAGUGCUAUCAUAUAUUCUGAAAACCACUAAAAGGGUGAAUCGCAAGGUGAGAUUCUCCCCAAAAUCGAAAGAAACAAAUGGAAUUAUGUUUUGCGAAAAGAAAAUUCGGCAUUUUUGUUGGAUCAAUAAGACUUUUGCAUUGUGACAUUAUUUUUAAGACAAGCACAUUUACUCAUUUGACCUACACAUUUUCUCGUUUUCUUAAGUUAAGCCUCCAGACUUUUACUUUUGUUUUGUAGAUUUUAUUUAUUUUUUGUAACAAUAUUAUUUUAUUACAGUAUUAAAUAUUAAAGGCAGUACAUCAUAUACUGCCCAGACAUGUAUGACUUUCUGUAAUAAAAAUGAUGCCACAAUGCAGGAAAAUGUAUCCAGUUAAGUCAAAAUAUAUACGAGACAUAUUUUUCUUAUUUCCUUUUUUGAAAUAUUCUUAACCGUUUCUAUGACGUUUGCCCUAACAGUUGUACCUUCUGCUAAAUGUCCCAGCACCAUUAAAAGUGUUUCGGGGUGUUGCAUCAGAGAUGGAUGUUUUAUUUGAAAAUUUCAGGUUCGAUUUUUGCUGUAUGCAGAUCAUCCCUCAUCAUUUUUUGACCCUGAGCGUGCAGUAUAAUGUGAAUGAACUACAGAUUAAAGUGUUUGACAUCUUUCUUUGUGACAUAGAAUCUGGUUAAUCUGGAUUUACCUGCUUUUAAUUCCAAUUCCAUCUAGUUUUUUGUUGUUGUUUUUUAUUAUUAUUAUUGUUCGGCAUCACUCCCUGAAGCUUUACCUUAAGUCUAAUUCUAUAGAGGUUUGCAUUGGUGAUGUCCUGUACGCUAUAUGACUGAAUGGCUCAGACUUUGUCAUAUAUUUCUUAUAAAUCAUACAUAUUUUCUGUGGUGUUAAUGUUGUUGGGCUUCGUAAGGAAUGCGAGGCAGUGUCAGGUGCCAGGAUGAUUUAGAUUCGGCCUUAAUUAUUAAAAGUAUAGACAUAUGGAAUACAAUGUACAGGACAUAUGUAGUCUAAUAUAUACUAGACUUCAAGUUUAAAAGUCAAAUGGAAACUUGAAAUGUUUAAAAACCUUUAAAUAGCCAGUACUUGCCAUGAAGUGUGUUAUUUACCUGCUUAUUCACGAUUUCAAUCACAAAGACCAAGUUGCCAAUCAAAAAAAAUACUUGUUCAGACCUGAUAAAGUUUCUGUUUUCAAUUCUUUUUACUGGAUGAAAGCCAUUUUUUAGAUUGUGGCUUGAUGAAAUGGAGGUAUUGGUGAUAUUCUGACCCUAACACUUUCAGUGUCAAAGAAGAUAAAAUCAUAGAUGUGAAUUGUUAUUUUUCUGAAUGUCAUUAAAUGUGCCACAUACAGUACAACAUUCCGUUGAUAUGGGACAGAGCAGGCUGAGAGCGUCCGCCCUGCUGCCGUUUGUUGCUGAUAUUGUCCGUCGACUUGCUUUUUUCUUCAAUUAUGAAGAUCGUUGCCUUAUUUAAUUUAUAAAGUACAUGCAACAUUUAAUCAAGUGGUGUUUGUUUUCAUGUCUCACUUGUACAGCUGGCAUUGGUGUUUGAGAGAUUACACUGUCUUUGUUGUGUUUUUCUUUUCCUUUUUUUAAAGACGGCAUUCCCUGAUAUAUUAGUUGACAGGACAAGAUGCUCUGCCAGUCGUGUAGUGCAAUGUUCCACCUAGACAAAUAUCAAUCCAAUAAAGGAUAUAUAUUAUAAAAAAGAAAAUUGUAUUUGAGUUUAUGUUCUAAACAUUCACAAGAAAUGCAUUUUAAAUAUACAU